AUGAAUCAAGUAUUUACUGGAACGGUAGUGGCACUAAAAAAUCCCAAAACUGCUACUGUGGAAUUAGUUUCGAUUAAAAUCCAUUCUAAGUACUUUAAACCUCAAAAGAUUGUAAAAACUAAAAAAGUUCAUUACGAGGAAACUGAGUUUCCUUUACAAUUAGGAGAUAAAGUAAAAAUUAAAAGCGACCGACCUCGUUCUAAAACUAAAAGGUUUUUAAAAAUAAGAAAAAGAAGGAGCAAUCUGAUUAAAGGUUCUAUGGAAAGACCACGAGUGGUUUUGUGUGUAUCUAAUCGUUAUUUACGGGUACAAGCGAUUGAUGAUAUCGCAGGUCACACUAUUGCUUUUGCUUCUACUGAAAAUUUUAAGGAGAAAAGUGAUUACUCUCGCAAGAAUAAAGAGUAUGCCAAAAAACUCGGAAUAAUUUUUGCUGAUAAGUUAAAGAAAGAUGGAGUAAAAAAUAUUAUUUUCGACCGCAACGCUCAAAAGACUAAUAUUAUAGGAGAAAACCCCCAAUUAGCCAAAGGCGAAAAGGAGAAAAUUAGCGAGGUUAAGCCAGAAGGUAAAAAGCAUGAUUUAGGGUCGGAUAAGUCAGAAAAAAAAGAGUAUGAAAGAGAGCGUUAUACUCAUGCUUAUUUACGUGAGGUUUUAAAAACUACCCGACCAGUAAAAGUAACCAAAGGUGGUCGAAGAUUUAGUUUUACCAGUUUAGUUUUAACUCAGGACAAAGAAAAAAAUGCCGUUGCUUGUGCUCGUGGAAAAAGCAAAGAAGCCAUGGAUGCUUUCAAAAAAGCCUACCGCAAGACUCAAAAAGAAUUAAUUGCUCAUUUCUCUACUCCAUCCCGUACUAUCCCUCGUGAAAAAGCCUACCGCAAGACUCAAAAAGAAUUAAUUGCUCAUUUCUCUACUCCAUCCCGUACUAUCCCUCGUGAUAUAGUAGUUGACUACAAAGCAACGAGGUUGAUUCUAAAACCUACUCCUUCCGGAAGUGGUAUUAAGGCUAGUGAAACACUUAGCAUUCUGUUUAAAUAUUUAGGAAUUAAAGAUAAAAAAAAAAUUGUUGGCCGAGGAAUUGGUUCAGGAAGGGGGAAAACUUGCGGUCGCGGUGGUAAAGGACAAACGGCACGCACGGGAGGUGGCACUCCGCCUGGUUUUGAGGGAGGGCAAACUAAAGUUUAUCUCCGUUUUCCCAAGCGAGGUGGAGGAUUUAAAACCGCUUCCAAAACUGCUUAUCAAAUAAUUAAUUUAGCAAAUUUAGAAAGAGAUGAACAGGUAGUGAAGGGGCAGGAAAUACAUUUACCUAAAGUAAAAAUAUUAGGAGAAGGGGAACUUACUAAAAAUUUAAUUAUCCACGCAGCAGAUUUUUCUCAGGAGGCUCAAGAAAAAAUUACCAAAGCCGGUGGUCAAUUCCAAACCAUAACUGCCAUUCGACUUGAUAAGAUUGUUAAAAUUUUUCAAAAUGCUGAAUUUUCCCAACCGAGGAAAAAAACUGGAUCCGAAGAAUGGAAAGUAAUGGUUGGGGAGCAAGAAUUUAGCAUAAAUUAUUUUAGAAACUAUGUGAAAAAACUUAUUGAGUCCAAAGAAUUAAAAGAAAAGUGGUUGCCGAACGGACAAAAACAAGUUGAUUUAUUAAGAAAGUUAAAGGAACUUAUUCAGGCCGAAACUACCACAGAUGCUCAAUAA